AUACAUAUAUAUAUUACAAAUCAAUACACAUCGACAUUUUUUGCUCGAUGUAUAUAUUGCUAUUCAUGUUAAUUAGAGUGAAACAACCUAUAUUACUUAAAAAUACGAAUUAAUUUAGAGAAUUUUCAUUGUUCGAUAAAGUUACACUGUUAUUAUUCUUUAUUUUUAAAUAAUAUUGCAAAUUUUUAAUAAAAAUAAUAACUAGUUAACAAUAGUUGAUUUUAUCGUCAACUAUAAAUUGAGUUGUUUUUCAGAAAUAUUCGCGUAGUUAACCCGAUGUAAAUACAACAAAUAAAUAAAUACAAAAAGUACAAUAAAUCGACUGUUAUAAAUAGUAAUUAUUAUAUAGCAUUAGCUUGACGUGUAAAUUGCGUCAGAUUGUAAUGUACGAGUACAGAUAAAUGUUUCUCUCUCGAUGUGACACAAUUGAGUUGGCUGUUAAUUUAACAAGUUUCAUUCCAAGUGAUACGAAAUAUAAACAAAAUAAUCAAAAUGACAACAAUAAAUAAACCGUCAAAAGAAAUGACACAAUCUGUGUGUGCACAGAUGGAAAGCUCAAUGACAGAUGGAAAUUCUAGAUGUGAAUCGCCGAAACGUGGUACAACACUUUCAACUAGUACCAGUAGUUUUGAAGCUCUUGAUCCUCAUGAUCCAAAUUUAAGUCGUUUAGCUAAUACAAUGUUUCAAAAAACUGGUGAGUAUUUACAAGAAGAACUCACCGCUACUCAUGCUGAUUAUCGUUUACUGGAACGGCUAAAUAAAGAGACUAUUGCUAAGUAUACAGAAUUAAAGACAAUAUCGUCAAACGUUUCAAUAUCAUUGGAUUCUUUAAAUGAAAAAUAUAAAAAUUUACGGCCUAUAUUGGAGAAUAUUGAUCAAAUUGAUGACAGUGUCAAUAAAUUAGAGCAAGCAGCUUAUAAGCUAGAAUCGUAUUCUAAGCGAUUAGAAGCAAAGUUUAAAGAUCUAGAAAAAGAUUUGAAAAAGAAUGAAAAUCUUCACGUUCGUAAACAAUGUAUAGAUAAUGUAACGAAAAGUAACGUUACAACUGGAAAUAAGUCCACUUUAUAAUCUGAUACUAAUUACUGCAUAAUAUAAGAUAUUUAAAAUUUGUUACAAACAUUAAUAUAUAGUCUUGAAUAUAGCUGAAUAAUAGUUGUUCAUUUUUAAGUUACUUAUUUUAAUUGAGAUUAACACGUUGACUGCCAGCACUUUUUACGUGACUUUUCUACCACGCCUACACUUUUUUUCUAUUAUAGGAUGCAUAUUUUGUUGAUAUCUUUUUACAACUGAUAAACGACGUUGUAUUAUUGUGUUUUAUCUAUUUUUUAUGGUGAGGUUACCGGUGACCGUCGAGGCGUUGUAGACCAUUUUAUGAUUAUUAGUUCCUUCUAAAUACCGAUAAAAUUGAGAAAUUUAUAGCAACGAAUAAUUCCUGACCGUGAAGAUUGAUUCUUCUAUGUGCAGAGGACAUAUACAAAGACCAAAGGAACCAAGUUUCAUGAAAAAAUAUAUUAUAUUUACUCAGUUUAUAAUAGUCAUAAUCCCCUUUGAAGAACCUCCAACGGAUUUUUUUAUAUUUUUUAUUUUCUUUGAAAUUUUAUCUUUGUUUGCAAGAAUCUGAAAAUGGAUAGUUUUCAACAAGUAUUUAUGUUGUAAAUUUAAUUGUGUUAUAGAAACAAGUAACUCCUAAUUUUCCUUGUAAUAAAAAAAUUAUUUUUGCAUGCUCUGUAUGUCAUAGUUUCUUCAAAUCCUUAUAAAAACAAUGAUAUUAUUUAAAAAUUUAUCAGAAUCGAUAUUUACUCUAAUUAUGUACUUUUACUAUCAGUCUUGUUGAGGUCACUGGUGACCUCACGGCAGUUAACGUGUUAACAAAGUAUAUUUGUGCUUGCAUUUACUUAAAAAAAAAUUAAUAAUAAAUAAAGUUAAUAAAUAAUUACAAAAAAAUUAGAUUGUAAAAUUAAAGUCCACAGUUUAAUUAUAUGAAUCAUGAUCAUUGGUGUUCACAUUUCUAUGCAAAUAAAAGAUGUUAAAAUGUAAGAAAGUGAAAAUUUAGUAUCUCUAUAGUUCUAUGCUUUAACACAUGUUUUUACACAAUUAUUAUGAAGUACUUAUAAAUAAUUAUGCACCAACAUUAACAUACUAUUUUAAUGCACUUAGCUGUUUCAUUUAUCUUAGAUUUCCGUAUAUUUUUUGUAUAUAGAUGUCAAAAACAAUAUUUGAUUUUCUAUUAGACAAAAUAAGAUUUAACACAUUUGCAUAUAAUAGCUAACUUAUUUUCUAUAAAAAUCAUUUUUUAACUUAAUCUAGAAUUUCGACAUUGUCAUUUAAAAACAAAGUAAGAUAAACUUUCUGAUAAAACUGUAGGAUGUUCUUAUCGCUGUUUAAUAUAUUUUAGUCCAAGAAUAAAUAGUUUACUUAUAUUUAACAAAAAAUAUAAUUUGUUACUAUACAGAAUGUAAUAAAUGAUGAGAAUUCUGUGAUUUGA